AGAGGCCGGAGAGGUGAGAAUGGGCAAAUCCGAAAGCCAAAUGGAUAUCAUGGAAAAAUCAACCAAACCAGGGAAGCGCCGUUGGACUGUUGCGGAGAUCGGGCUAUCUGUGCUGUUGUUGCUGGUCAGCUGUGCCCUAGCUGGACUGAUAGUCCUCUACACUUCGGCUCUGAGAGGUAGGCUCAACCCAACAACCGGGAACUAGUCUACCUAAUCAAUUGCUAAAUGCCAUGCCAUUUGUAAAGUAAAGUGCGUAAUGCCCUGAUUUGGUCUGUGACACUCUGAUUUCCCCCACUAAUGGUAAUGCAAUUUACAAUUUUUCACGGGUAUGUCAAAUUGUGGAGGUCAUAUGGUUUGACUAUAGUUGGGCAAUGGGCAUUGGGUAGUAGAAAUAAAUAUAGAAUUUGACCUCCACUAUUACACUCACCUCUUACUCGAAAUGAUUUACCAGAACAUGUGUGAUAUUUAUCAGGUUUUCAUGUUAUGAUGAGUCUAGUUGGAAAGCACAAACCAAGCAGUAUUUGAACAACUUUAUGAGCAUCUUGUGACAACUAUUCCAGAGUGUUUUGUAAAAUAUAUUGAGGCAUAAAUAGGCAACCAAUUUUCUAAUUAGAAUAAAAUGUCCAAUAUUGAGGUGAGUAAAGCAUUCCAUACUGUACUAGUAACUUCCCUGAUCAAGCAUGUUGUAUGUUUAUUUUCUCUCCCAUGCAGAGAUACCUGGUGUGUCAAGGAGCUCAGUCACUGAGGGUGAGGCUUGACACUUGAGUUGAAAUCUGUGAUUAUAUUCAUGUUAUAGGAUACGGUACAAUGUAAACUGGCCAGAGGAUGUUCCCCUUCUAAUUCCCUCGGACAAAAGUGAGAGAAUAGUCAACGCUGACACAGCCAUUUCAUAGAGACCAGACAGACAGACAGUAUCAAGCCAUGACUUGCCAGAGAAAAUCUAAAGGGUCCUUGAUGCUGCUGUUAAUAAUUUAAUACUCUUUGCCAGGAAUGACGAUAGUUGUUUUUUCUUAAAAGAUCCUCUUAUAUCCAUUCACUGUGAUGUUUUCAGGGCAGCAGUAUCUUUCUGGCCCCAGCAAUGUUUGCACAACUCCUGAGUGUGUUACUGCAGGUGAGCAUUCCGCCUUCAUAUGGAGUUGUCCGUCCUCCCAAAACAAACUCAUCACUCAAUAUUAUAUCAACAUGACAGACGACUGCAUCACAAGUUUCCCUUUCCUGUUAUGUAAUCCCAUAUUUCCCUUUCUUGACUCCUCAUCUGACUGUGGGCCCACAGCUGCUCGUCUCCUGCAGAACAUGGAUGCAACGGUGGAGGCGUGUCAGAACUUCUACCAGUAUGCCUGUGGGGGCUGGCUGGAGCGCCAUGUCAUCCCGGAGACCAGCUCCCGCCACAGCGUCUUUGACAUCCUCAGAGACAAGCUGGAGAUUGUGCUUAAAGGUCCAAUGUAGCCAUUUUUAUCUCAAUGUCAAAUCAUUUCUGGGUAACAUUUGUGUAUCUUACUGCGAUUGUUUUAAAUUAAAAUGGGCAAAAAGAAACAAAAAUAGCUUCUUAGCAAAAAACAAAUUCUCAAGCAAGAAUUUAGCUAGGAGUGGCCUGAGUGGGGAGGGGAAAACUGAAAAUGAGCUGUUAUUGGCAGAGAGGUUUGGAACUCUCUUUCUUAUUGGUCUACUAACUAAUUUACCGCAUGGUGAUGUCACCAUGGAAGGCCAAAACUCCAUCCCACCAAAACAGGCUGAAAUUUCAGGCGGUCUUUUCAAACAGCUCUUACACCAAAAAGGCAUGAUCAUAACCUCAUAGUGCAAAAAGGCAUGAUCAUAACCUCAUAGUGUGGAAACGUAUAUAAAACACAGGAAAAUCAUGUUUUUGACUGCAACAGGCCUUUAAAGGUCAGUCAGCAACAUGUUUCCAUAGUAACCUCAGGGUCUGCCAUUAUGUGAUAAAAGUGACCCAUGGUCAGCUACUGUCUUGUAUUACAUGGUGUUAUCAUCAACCUGCUGUGUUAGAUCAAAUCAAUGAACAAAAUUAGGUCAAUCUUUGUGAUGAUGUUGGUUAUCUUCUCACAGGAGUUUUUGAGACUGAGAGUGAUCAGGACCGUGACGCCUUCAAGAAGGCCAAAACUCUCUACAGCUCCUGCAUGAAUGAGAGUGAGUCGGAUUUCUCUCAUCUAAACUCAUACUAACUCAACAACAGUUAACACUAUUACACAGAUCUUUGGUUUCAUCAGAAUUAGUUGCAUACUCUGUAAUAUUCAUCAACAGUAAGUAUGUAAGAUUCACUCACAGUGCGUUAGUAAUGGUGUUACUGUGUUGUCUCCUGUAGCUCUGAUAGAGCAGCGCGACUCCCAGCCUCUCAUGCGUCUCAUCGACAGCAUAGGAGACUGGCCUGUUGCCUCUGAGGACUGGAACAGUGUUACAGGUACUGAUACACACACACCAGCUGAAAUGAUGAGUGACAUGUGACAUGCUCAUCCAGCCUGCCCCUCCUCCCAGCUCUCAGGUGUUGUGAUGGUGGGCGGGUGGGUUGGCGGGGGGGGGGUGAGUGAGUGAGUGGGAAGCAGAGUAGCUCCUCAACCAGGACUGUGACUGAUUCUUAAAAUAGACCGCUGUGCUCUGCGCCAAACCUCCAGGAUAAUUAAAUGUAAUCAAAGACGGUGGCUCAAACAGAAUUAACCACGCGUAAGUGCAUCUGGUGCAUUUGCACAAACAGAUUUAUGACUGCUCUGUAAAUUGUGCGGCAUUUUGUUGUGUUACAGCCUGAAUUUAACAUUGAUUAAAUUGAGAUUUUAUUACAUUUACAUUUUAGAUUUUAGUUAUUUAGCAGACGCUCUUAUCCAGAGCGACUUAUAGUUAGUAAGUGCAUACAUUUUUCAUACUGAUCAACAAACAAUACCCUAUAAUGUCGAAGUGGAAUUUUACAAAUUAAUUAAAAAUAAAAAGCUGAAAUGCCUUGAGGCAAUAAGUAUUCAACCCCUUUGUUAUUGCAAGCCUAAAUAAGUUCAGGAGUAAAAAUGUGCUUAACAAGUCACUCUGUGAGCAACAAUGGUGUUUAACAGGAUUUUUGAAUGACUACCUCAUAUCUGUACCCCACACAUACAAUUAUCUGUAAGGUCCCUCAGUCGAGCAGUGAAUUUCAAACACAGAUUCAACCACAAAGACCAGGGAGGUUUUCCAAUGCUUCGCAAAGAAGGGCACCUAUUGGUAGAUGGGUGAACAUUAAAAAAAAAAGCAUACAUUGAAUAUCCCUUUGAGCAUGGUGAAGUUAUUAAUUGCACUUUGGAUGGUGUAUCAAUACACCCAGUCACUACAAAGAUACAGGUGUCCUUCCUAACUCAGUUGCCGGAGAGGAAGGAAACCGCUCAGGGAUUUCACCAUGAGGCCAAUGGUGACUGUAAAACAGUUACAUAGUUUAAUGGCUGUGAUAGGAGAAAACUGAGGAUGUAUCAACAACAUUUUAGUUAUUCCACGAUACUAACCUAAUUGACAGAGUGAAAGGGAUGCCUGUACAGAAUAAAAAUAUUCCAAAACAUGCAUCCUGUUUGCAACAAUGCAUCCUGUUUGCAACAUCAUUUUAUGGGUAUGCUUGUAAUCGUUAAGGACUGGGGAGUUUUUCAGGAUAGAAAAUAAACGGAAUUACAUUUACAUUUACAUUUUAGUCAUUUAGCAGACGCUCUUAUCCAGAGCGACUUACAGGAGCAAUUAGGGUUAAGUGCCUUGCUCAAGGGCACAUUUACGUCAUUUAGCAGACGCUCUUAUCCAGAGCGACUCACCAAUUGGUGCGUUCACCCUAUAGCCAGUGGGAUAAUCACUUUACAAUUUUUUUUUGGGGGGUAGAAGGAUUACUUUAUCCUAUCCCAGGUAUUCCUUAAAGAGGUGGGGUUUCAAAUGUCUCCGGAAGGUGGUGAGUGACUCCGCUGUCCUGGCGUCGUGAGGGAGCUUGUUCCACCAUUGGGGUGCCAGAGCAGCGAACAGUUUUGACUGGGCUGAGCGGGAACUAUGCUUCCGCAGAGGAAGGGGAGCCAGCAGGCCAGAGGUGGAUGAACGCAAUGCCCUCGUUUGGGUGUAGGGACUGAUCAGAGCCCGAAGGUACAGAGGUGCUAUGCACAGGUAAAAUCCUAGAGGAAAACCUGGUUCAGUCUGCUUUUCACCAGACACUGGGAGAUGAAUUCACCUUUCAGCAGGACAAUAACCUAAAAAGGCCAAAUCUACACUGGAUUUGCUUACCAAGAAGACAGUGAAUGUUUCUGAGUGGCCGAGUUACAGUUUUGACUGAAAUCUUUUCAGGUCUUGCCAUAGAUUUUCAAGUAGAUUUAAUGGUUGUCUAGCAAUGAUUUUGACAGAGCUUGAAGAAUUUUUAAAAGAAUAAUGGUCAAAUGUUGAGACUUACCCAGAAAGACUCACAGCUGUUAUCACUGCCGAAGGUGCUUAUACAAAGGAUUGACUCGGGUGUGAAUACUUAUGUAAAGGAGAUAUUUCUGGAUUUAAUUUUCAAUACAUUUGUAAAAAUGUCUAAAAACAUGUUUUCACUGUGUCAUUAUGGGUUAUUGUGGUUAGAUGGGUGAGAUAAAAAAAUAUAUGUAAUCAAUGUUGAAUUCAGGCUGUAACACAACAAAAUGUGGAAUAAAUCAAGGGAUAUGAAUACUUUCUGAAGGCACUGUAUACUUGGCUGUGUGAGAGAUAGUCAGUGUACUCUCUGCAAGACAGAUGUUUAAUGUUAUAUUGAAUGGCUUUGUGUAUAAUUGUUUUAAUGUUAUUAUCCCAGAAGAGGCCUGGAGCCUGGAGGACACUCUAGCCACCCUCAACUCUCGUUACCACAAAAAGGUUAUGCUGGACAUGUAUGUGUGGACGGAUGACCGCGACUCCAAGCGCCACAUUAUCUACGUAAGGACAGUGUCUGAAUACAUCAUGUUCCCAAAGUUCAGUGUUUUUUUUGUAAAUUUUCACCAAUACUGAUUUGGUGAUAGAAAACUGACAUGUCUGUUUAUAUUUUACAGAUUGACCAGCCAGGACUGGGAAUGCCAUCCAGAGAUUAUUACUUCAACGAUGGAAACUACAAAAGGGUACUUUCAUCAACAUCUUAUUAAUGUUAUAUUGAUGUUAUUGCAGGUCAACUUUGCAUUUAUGUGUCAUAUGUCUCUUUAGGUGCGAGAGGCCUACUUGCAGUUCAUGGUUUCCAUGGCGAGGAUUGCCCGCGAGAACAGGAACUUGACCCAGGAAGAUGACCGUGUGGUGGAGGAAAUGGUGCAGGUGCUGGAGCUGGAGACAGAUAUUGCCAAUGUGAGUGCCAACCUGCCACAAUAGGAACCAGAACUGUGACAGAAAUUAAAAAGAGACUUCAAUGAAUUAGUCUACAGCAAGAAACAUCUAAUAGAGACUCAUGAAAUGAACUACAUUGUACUUUAUGUUGUCUGCAUGUUAUAUUUUAUGAAUAUCAUGAAUAGAUCAAUAUUACGUCUAAAUACAUUUUGUCACCUUAAAUUAUAAUACAUCAGACAUUACUGUACACAUAUGCUUUCUGUGCUGUCGUGUCAUAGGCCACAUCCCCUGCAGAGGAACGUCAGGAUGUCACGAUUCUCUACAAUAAGAUGACCCUUAGUAAGCUGCAGGAGUCCUUUAAUCUCAACGUAAGUGCUUCCACUCCAGUGAUUUCAAGUGGAUGAGACUUGAGUCGGAUGGCUUUGUCUAUUAAUAGUACACUGUACUAUAUGUACAGUGCAUUCUGAAAGUAUUCAGACCCCUUCCUUUUUUCCACAUUUUGUUACGUUACAUCCUCAAUCUACAUACAAUACCCCAUAAUGACAAAGCGAAAAUAGUUUUUUUUUUUGCAAAUGUAUAGAAAAUUAAAAACAGAAAUACCUUAUUUACAUAAGUAUCCAGACCCUUUGCUAUGAGACUCAAAAUUGAGCUCAGAUGCAUCUUGUUUCCAUUGAUCAUCCUUGAGAUGUUUCAACAACUUGAUUGUAGUCCACCUGUGGUAAAUUCAAUUGAUUGGACAUGAUUUGGAAAGGCACACACCUGUCUAUAUAAGGUCCCACAGUUGACAGUGCAUGUCAGAGCAAAAACAAAGCCAUGAGGUUGAAGGAAUUGUCCGUAGCGCUCCGAGACAGAAUUGUGUCGAGGCACAGAUCUGGGGAAGGGUACCAAAACAAUUCUGCAGUAUUGAAGGUCCCCAAGAUCACAGUGGCCUCCAUCUUUCUUAAAUGGAAGAAGUUUGGAACCACCAAGACUCUUCCUAGAGCUGGCCGCCCGGCCGAACUGAGCAAUCGGAGAAGAAGGGCCUUGGUCAGGGAAGUGACCAAGAACCCAAUGGUCACUCUGACAGAGCUCCAGAGUUCCUCUGUGGAGAUGCGAGAACCUUCCAGAAGGACAACCAUCUGCAGCACUCCACCUAUCAGGCCUUUAUGGUAGAGUGGCCAGACGGAAGCCACUCCUCAGUAAAAGGCACAUGACAGCCAGCUUGGAGUUUGCCAAAAGCCACCUAAAGGACUCAGACCAUGAGAAACAAGAUUCUCUGGUCUGAUGAAACCAAGAUUGAACUCUUUGGCCUGAAUGCCAAGCCUCAUGUCUGGAGGAAACCUGGCACCAUCCCUACGGUGAAGCAUGGUGGCGGCAGCAUCAUAAUGUAGGGAUGUUUUUCAGCGGAAGGGACUGGGAGACUAGUCAGGAUUGAGGGAAAGAUGAACGGAGCAAAGUACAGAGAGAUCAUUAUGAAAAACUGCUCCAGAGCGCUCAGGACCUCAGACUGGGGCGAAGGUUCACCUUCCAACAGGACAACGACCCUAAGCACACAGUGAAGACAGCACAGGAGUGGCUUCGGGACAAGUCUCUGAAUGUUCUUGAGUGGCCCAGCCAGAGCCCGGAUUUGAACCCGAUCGAACAUCUCUGGGGAGACCUGAAAAUAGCUGUGCAGCCACAUUCCCCAUCCAACCUGACAUAGCUUGAGAGGAUCUGCAGAGAAGAAUGGGAGAAACUCCCCAAAUACAGGUGUGCCAAGCUUGUAGCGUCAUACCCAAGAAUACUCGAUGCUGUAAUCGCUGGCAAGGUGCUUCAACAAAGUACUGAGUAAAGGGUCUGAAUACUUAUGUAAAAAAAAUUUUUUUAACUUAUUUAUUUUGUAAAUUAGCAAACAUUUCUAAAAACCUAUUUUUGCUUUGUCAUUAUGGGGUAUUGUGUGUAUUUAGUUAAUUUUAGAAUAAGGCUGUAACGUAACAAAAUGUGGAAAAAGUCAAGGGGUCUGAAUACUUUCCGAAGGUACUUGUUGCUUGCAGAAGAAGGCUCAGCCUGAUGAUAAUAAUAGAAAAAACGCUGAUAUUUCUGACAGGGUUUUAACUGGAUGAGGUUUGUGCGUGGAGUGUUGUCCAGCGUGGCUGUGGAGCUACAGCUAGAGGAGGAGGUGGUGGUCUACAGCUCCCCCUACCUGGAGAAGAUGAACGACGUGCUCUCCAAACACACUGUCAGGUCAGACUCUGCCCAACGAGAGCCCAUAGUUCAAAUGUGCUUCUAUCAAUAUAGUAUCUACUGUGAAUUAUCAUGUGAGUCAUGCAGGAGGGUAGAUUGUGGUCACAUCAUCUUGGGCUGUGUGCGUCAUGUAGAUCCAUUGCUUGAGUGAUUGAGUGACAUGAUUGGUGAAUAUAUCCAUGUUUGCCUCCUCCAGGACCAUGCAGAACUACCUCACCUGGCAGCUCGUCAUGGAGAGAGUCAGCAGCCUGAGUCGCCGCUUCAAAGAUGCCAGGGCACACUAUAGAAAGGCGAGACGGAUAUAUGAGCACACCUAGGAGCACACUUAGAAACAAGCACAUUGAAAAGCUAAUUCGUGUGUGUGUGUGUGUGUGUGUGUGUGCGUGUGUGCGUGUGUGUGUGCGUGUGCGUGUGUGUGCGUGUGUGUGCGUGUGUGUGUGUGUGUGUGUGUGUGCGCGCGCGUGUGUGUGUGUGUGUGUGUGUGUCAGGCUCUGUACGGGACCACGGUGGAGGAGGCGCGGUGGAGAGACUGUGUGCGCUACGUCCAGGGCAGCAUGGAGAACGCAGUGGGUGCUCUGUAUGUGCGAGAGACCUUUGCUGGCGAGAGUAAACGCAUGGUGAGUCACUCCUGUUGAUGGGAUGGAGGCAAAACAGGAAAAUCCCUCACCGGCUUAUUAUAUCACUGUCACUUAAGCAGUUUAGUCCGCAUUUUUAACAUGAGUGCCCGUUUGUGUCCAUGUGAGUUAUUACGGGUGUGUAUAUGUUGAUUUAUUAACUCUUUGUGUGGACAGGUCAGUGACCUCAUCAGUAAGAUCCAGGAAGCGUAUGUGGAGACACUUGAGGAGCUUAGCUGGAUGGAUGACCAGUCUAAGGAGAAGGCAAGAGAGAAGGUACAAACAAAGCAUUGCAAACAAACAUACCAUGUACAUCAGCGUUUUGAAUGUGUAAAACAAAGAACUUACCAGCUAAAUGUUCUACUGCUCUAUGUUACAGGCCAUGGCCAUAAAGGAGCAUAUUGGCUAUCCUGACCACAUUCUGGAAGAGAGCAAUUUGAAGCUUGACCAGGAGUAUGCCCAUGUAUGUGUGACCUGGACAAAGGACUAUGAUACAUCCUCCUUUUCAAAGAGAAAUGGAUGUACAAAUUGUUGUCUAUUGUUUCUGAUGAUCUGGUCUCUCUCUGCAGCUGAACUUCAGUGAGGAGAACUACUUUGAGAACAUCCUUGAGAACCUGCAGGCUGAAGCACACAAGACUUUGAAGAAGCUGAGAGAGCCGGUCGACCCGGACAUGUAAGAUACAUCCAUUUAGCCUCACAUACUGUAGACCCCCCCCACUGGGCACAGACGUCAAUUCAACAUCUAUUCCACGUUGGUUCAAUGUCAUCUAGAUGUAGAAACAACGUUGAUUCAACCAGUGUGUGCCCAGUGGGAAGUGAACAUAAGCACAUUUACACGUGAGUACACAUUCUCUCUCAAAUGGUGAUAUCUUUAUUCUAAUUGUUUUUUUUUACUAGGUGGAUCAUUGGCGCUGCUGUUGUCAAUGCUUUCUACUCGCCAAACAGAAACCAGAU